CCCUUCGGUCCGAGGAUGCCUUGUGUUUGCGGAAAGCCAGGAUUCGGAAAGUGUUCGCGACGUACCAUUCCUGCUUUGACACGGGGCUUCUCGACUGAGACACCUGGUCCUCCUUUACAGGUCUUGUGGAAAUCUUCGUGCUAAAAAUGACCCGAUCCAUGAUGCAUCGUCUCAUCUUCGCUCUCUUCCUCCUCCUUGGGUCAGCGGAGGGAGGAUGCACGAGCGCCAAGGAGUUCUGUGGGAAGUUCAACAGGAAGCCCGGAGGGUCGACUUGCCCGACCUCGCAUCAGCAAUGCGGGUCUUGCCUGGACGGUUACGCUGCGGAGGAUUGGACGGGAGGGAGGGAGGCUGACGUGUGUCGGCCGACCGGAUCGUCCGACCGGAGCCCCGACGACCUCGCUCCGGGAGAGACAUCGCAGGGAACGAAGCCUGCGAUCAUCGUCGCCUCUAUCCUCGUCGGAGUCGGCUUCAUUCUCAUCAUCGUCGGAGUCUGGCUCGGUCGGUUCAACAAGUCCUUCGUGGUGGAAUGGCGUAGAAUU